AUGACAGUAAAGAGACUCAAAGACACCACUACGUUUUAUUCCAAGAUCCUGGACAUGGAGGUCAUGACUUUUGAGGGAGACCACAAAGCAUUGUGUUUUGGAGACCAGAAAUUUAACCUCCACGAGGUGGGAAAGGAAUUUGAACCCAAAGCCACUCACCUGGUCCCUGGCUCCCUGGAUAUAUGUCUGAUCACAAAGAUGCAUUUGGAGGAAAUGGUCCAGUGCCUCAAGGCUUGUGAUGUCAUUGAGGAGGGUCCAGUCCCCAGAACAGGGGCAAAAGGGCCCAUUAUGUCCAUCUACUUCCGAGAACCUGACGGAAACCUGAUUGAGGUGUCCCAACUAUAUCUCCUCAUGA